AUGGAACGUACGAAGGAUAGAAUGCAUCGAAUAUUGAAGUACGAUAUCACAAGACCGUAUAAACGGUAUGAGAGUACUCGGAUCACAUCCAAACCCACGGUAAGACACUUGUUUGUCAAACUCCAGAUGGAAGAAGCUAUUCAUGAAAGAGUUGAAAUAUCGAAUUCAGGACUCAAAUCAAGGUUACACCCGGUGGACUGUUUAGAACCUUUGGUUUUCCAUAUUAUGUUGCUACUUGAACGAUUUAAGAAACCAAGUCAUAUUAAUAAGUCAGAAUUGGAUUCUCAGCGAGUAAAUGUGCAAGACUCGAUUGAUGUAGAUCAAUUCAUUAGUGACGAUCUAAAGAUGAGGUUUGAAAGAGAAACAAAUUCCAUUUUGAAAGUCAGUAUACAAUCCAUAUUGGAUUCAAUUCAUGCUUCUGGUAAGCAAAUCGAUGAAAUCACGAUGGAAGUAUUCAGUAUGGCAUUAUCUAGUUUUAUCAAACUCUCAAAGAUAUUUUACCUCCAACAAUUAACCAAAAGACAAAGGAACACCGUGCUUAAUUCACAAAUGCCUAUUGAUCUCAAAUACUCAGUUGAGGAUGAUUUGCUCAGUUGGAUGAAGUCGAUUGGGGUUAAUAACGUUUCAGCAAGUUGUCAAGCAUUAACAAACCGGGCAGAUAUACCAGCAUUCGUAACGUCCAAUAUCAUCUUGAGAACCCCCUUAUCGGCAAAUGAAUUGUAUUCACAGCUUGAUAUUUGGUCAAAUUUCAUUUCGUCUAUUCUCACAUAUUACUCGAAACAAGAAAAUCAUUUAAGAGAUUGUUUGAAUAAUUUGAUAUUUUAUUGUAUUCAUCAUGAUAUUAGGAAAAUGCCCGAAGUUUUACUUGAAUUGCUGAAUUUCGUUGAUUCAAAAAAGUCCGCUUCGAUAAGCAUGAGCUUCUUAUCACAAAAGAUGGUCAAUGAUCUUAUUUGGGAAAUGUAUUAUAAUUACUACAGAUCAGCUAGAGCAGAGAAAGGACUGUUUGUCAGCAAAAUAAUUCAAUCACAGGAAAUAUUGGUUAACCUAUUGUCUCGAGUGGGAGAUCAAAAUGAUAAGGUACUUUCCAAAUUGAAUUUAAAGGGAUAUAUGGGCAUUGUACUUGCAAUUGAAAAUGUUUCACUGGAAAAGGCAACCAAGCUUUUCCAAAUGGCUGAGGAGAGAUUUUUAGUUCCACAAACCAUUAAUCAAAACACUAAUAAAGAACUUACGUGUUAUAAUUUCGUGAAAAUAGCAUUACUGAAAUCAACCGAUGAUUUAAUGUUUGCAUUUAAUAUGGCUGUUCAAAGACAUCCUAAUUCUUCAAGCCUUUGGUUGGCUCUUAUUCAAAAAUUGAUUGAAUUUGAUUUACUUACUGAAGAACGGUGUCAAAAAAUCUUGAAACAGUUAGUUGAUAAGAAAAAUGAUAUUUUAAUCACGAAAGAUAUGCUUUUACUCUUGUUGAGUUCCAUAUCUACUUCAUCAUCGCUAUUUCGAAUGAUAGAAACAAUAUCAGAAGGGAGCACUAACCCAAAAGACUCUAUCCUUUUCAGUGCACAUUCCAAGAUUCUUUUAGAAAAAUAUGUCACUCUCCUUUACAAAUUACCAAAAAACACCCUUAUUACUUUCCCAUCUUUUUGGAGCACUGCUGACUCUACCAUGGGAUCUUCCCGCAUCAAAAGCCUUGCAGCUGCAAGAUAUUUAUACGAUACAUAUUUCCCAAUAAAGGGACCAAAAAUAAUCGGGAUAAUGUUAAAUGGAGAAGCCAAACAAGAUCCCUCGCAAGUGUAUGAUCUAUACCAAAGAGAUUUGUUUGAGAAAAACAACUUUCUUCCUGACGAGUCAUGUAUAUCAGCAUUAUUAACUGCAUCUUCUGCAUCAACAAACCAUCGACCCAUUUUAUGGGGUCAAUUAUACGCACCACAAGUUGCAAUUCACGAAUUUAAGAAACACGUUGUUUCUGACACCAUCGACUUUACCGACUUGGACUCAGCCCAUAUAUACCCGGGUAAUCAGUUAUGGCAGAAGUACAUUGGUUUACUAAGUAAAUUCGAUUAUAUUUACGAAUUAAGUGAAUUGAUCCAAUGGUGGACUAAGAUAAAGUUCACCCCGAACAAGAAAACGUUGUUUUCGCUUCUCCAUUCGUUUCCUAUAGAGUUUGCCGAACGAUACAUCAUUCACUUCGAGAAAAUUAAGAAGGACAGUGUAUCCGAGAUUACCCUUCCGUCAUCAACCAACGGAGAACCGACCAAGCAACCUGAAACGUCUGGUGACUGGCCCUGGCCCACUUUGGCAGAAUUCAGACACCAUAGAAACAACAAACUGUAA